CAACACUACUUUAACGGCGUUUACUAACACGGUGAUUUAAUCUCUGAAAAAAGUUUUGUCUCCCAAAUAUCCUGCCAAAUUACCUCAAAAACUGCGGAUUCCGAGCACCAAAUGGGCUGCGAGUGACUAUUAGAGGACACCAAGAGCCCCGGAGACACUCAGCACCACCACCUUCUUCUACCCAUCAGCAGUAGCGCGGUGUAGAUAAAGCAGCUGCCGUGGGGUAAAGUUCACAAAACGUUACUUGUCUGGAGUUAGUCAGAAUUUGUCGUUAUGGUUGACAACAAUAACCUGCGCAGUGCUGUGAUCAGCGAGGCGCCACUGGUUCCGCCCUCGAGCAGUUUUGGACCGGGGCCGUCCAGUGGCUUGGGUCCACCGGAGGCUGUUCUGCGUACUCCAUACGGCAAUGUUAGGGCACUGCCAAGUACAGCACAGCCGCCCCCCCUGCCCCAGUCCCCGUUCCAGCAGACACAGCAGUACGGAUUCGGCGGGGGAUACGGCGGCAACAGUUACGGCCUCGGGGGCGGCUUUGGGGGCUUCAACAGUGGCGCUUUCGGAUACGGGGGAUUGGGAGGUGGUUUCGGGAGUGCCUACGGUUAUGGUGGUGGCUACGGCGGGGGCUUUGGCACUGGAUACAGCCGAUUCGGAGCGCUGGGGGCCAACGACCCUGAGCAGCGGUUUAUUCAGAUGGCCGAGGCCAGCUCUCGGCCGGCAUUCCAGAGCAUCGAAUCGCUGGUAUCGGCGAUUGGAAACAUUGCCUCCAUGCUAGACUCGACGUUCUUCGCCCUGACCAGCUCUUUCCGAGCAAUUCUAGGAGUGGCGGCGAACUUUGGACGUCUGCGAAGUGUGUUUGCACAGUUCUGGACGACUUUUGCGAUCUUUAGGGGUCUGAACUGGAUCUACAGAAAGAUUCUCUUCUGGCUACGCCUGUCGAAUCUUGAUCCUUCAUCUGCUGCUUUCAAGAAAGCCUUUGCGGAAGCCCUAAACGAGAACAAUACCCAAGCAGGAGGAGCGCCUCAAGCCCCGCGAAAGGGUACUUCACCCUGGCCGGUGCUGGCCUUUCUCAGUUUCAUCUUCACUGCGCCUUACCUAAUUAUGAAGCUGCUGGGCACCGUGACGAACACCGCCCAGGAGGAAGCCCGUAAUCCGGCCAAGUGGACGACACCGAUUCAAACUCAAGCUGUUUACGAUUUCGUGGGACGCAGCCAGAGCGAGCUAUCGCUGCGCGCCGGCCAGCCGCUUCAGGUGGCCCCCCGCGAUAUCCAGCAAACCCUUAACCUGCUCAAUACCGGCUGGGCUCUGGCCACUAUAGAUGGUCGAACCUCUGGCAUUAUUCCCAUCAACUAUGUAAAGUCACCUCAGCAAAUGCGACAGGAGAUCCAAGAGCAAAUGAAACCCGCACAGCCUCAGCCACAGCCAGAGCUGAUGGAUUUGUCUGCGGGGGCCUUCGCGCCGCCGCCGUUGGAGCAGCAAAUGAACUACGAUUUCAACUUGGCCGCACAGCAGGAAGGUCCGCCAUCCACAACAGCAGCGGCCUUCGAAGAGGGCUUCGCCUGAGCUCUGGUCAACUCUCGUGAAAAUUACCUCUAAGUUUAGUUUUGUUUUGGUGUUCAGCUUUUGUAUACGCACCUCCAUAUGUUUUAAGAUAGCUUUUCGCCCUUUGUACAUUUCCAUUUAGUUGUUACCGUCAAUUACUCAACUAAGUAAACAUCCUAGAAACCAUGUA